GAGGGUGGCCUUCUGAUGAGCUGACAGUCGGGUUGUCAGUGUGUGAAAAUCAUCAUGGAGUCGCUAGUGAACUACAGUAGCGAAGACGAGGCAGAAAUGGAGAAUAACACAAGAAAGAGGUCGCCCAUUCCUUUAGGAUGAAUCAUCAAAGAACCGCGACGGACGAGAUGCUCGCAGAUCCGAGGAUGCCUGGCCAGGGUCAGGGAGUCAGAGUGAGGUCAAGAAGGCGCGCAAGGAUGACACAAAUUAUGAAAGUGUCCAGAUGGACAUGAGUGAGGACUCCGAUGAUGCGUCAUCGAAGGAUGGCAAAGAUGCUGCGAGUCCAAAGCCUAAGAGUCGCUCACAUGCUGAACGUCGUCGAAGUCACAGUGCAGAGAAUGAGCGUGAAACUUCACGGUACAAAUCAUCAAAGGAGCAUCGCCACUCGUCCAGAGAUCAUAGGGAGAAGGAGAGAGACAGAGAGCGCGACAGGGACAGAGAUCGUGAUCGUCCGAGGCACAGAGACAGGCACAGUGAGCGCAAAAAGAAAGACUCUCGACGUGAGCGUGAGCGCGAAAAGCACCGUCGUCGGUCAUCGUCUCGUGAACGCCGGCGGAGAUCCAGCUCGAGGGAGAGUCGUCGUGAGCGGCGUCGCUCGAGAAGUCACUCUCGUUCGCACGGACGAUCACGCAAGUCGCCAGAGAUGAAGAGCAGUCCGUCGGCGUCUGUAGUGUCGUCAGCGACAGUGGUGGUGGCGGCUGUGGCGGCCCCUGUGGCGCCGGUGAAUCCUCCGCCUGUGGCCGCGCCUAAACCCUCCUCGCCGACACUCAUUCCCACAGUGUCUCUGCCGAUGAACAGCGAACAGGCGAAGCCGGAGAGGUACGACUGGCGGACGCAGCAGCGAGUGCAGCAGCUGGAGAAGAUGGGCAUCGAUUUUAAGAAGUCAGAGACGGCGGCAAUUGAAUUGCCCAGCUACUACAAUCCUGGUGUGGUGAAUCCGUCGCGCUAUGCCGAGCAGAUGCAGAAGCGGAAGCUACUGUGGAGUCACAAGAAGGCGGACAAUGUGGAACAGGCGGCGGCCAAGUGGGAGACGGCGAAGUUUUCUCAGGAUCAGGAUGGGAAGGUGGCGUCGAAGUUCAUGAGAUUGAUGGGUAUUAAGGAUCCGCCGAAAGCGGGCGGUGGCGGCGGCGGCGGUGGUUCGGGCUCUGGCGUGGAUCUGGUGAAGAAGCAGGAGGAGCUGUUCUCCUCAAUGGAGCAGCAGUAUGAGGUGGCGAGACAGGUGACGCACACAAUGCGCGGUGUCGGCCUGGGCUUCUCAUCGCAAUCGCGCCCCUUCUGAAAGGGGGGAGCAAAUGAGAGAUUGCGUCUGCAUGCAAUAUUCCUCAGCGCCCCUGUGUAAACAAAUUUGCCAAAUUAUCUGGUUGUACCAUGUAUACUCCAUAUCUGUGUUGUCCAGAUGCGAGAUUCGGAGAGAACCAAUCUUUUGAGAAACAAUCUAUCACCGAAAA